ACACUCGUUUCGCCGAGGCCAUCCCGCGCAUCCGCCGACGAGAACCACCGCAGUCAUGCCGAAAAGAGGGCGCGAGACGACGGUGCCGAGCCGGGCAUUCGCCGGCGGCAUGAAUAAGCACAUAUAUUUUCCGGACGCCGACGUAGAGCACGAGCCAGAGCCUCUGAGCGAGCGCCGUGAGCUGAAGAAGAAGAGGAAGGUAUCACGGGUCUCCGAAACCCUCACUCCUGCUUCGAAGCCUCGGCGAUUUCCGUCCACUUCGAAUCAAUUCGGCGUGCUUCGAGCACUGCAUCGACCGAAGCAAAGGAGGAGGGAAAUCAGCAGCAGUAGAGUGGAGUUUCAUCGUGAAUGGUCGUAUUCUUCUCGUGAUUUCUCCGGCUGCAGAGAUAGACUUGUGGUUGUUUCUUACAAUAUACUAGGCGUGGAGAAUGCAUCAAAACAUCCAGACCUGUAUUCCGGUGUCCCUGCCAAGUUCUUGAAGUGGAAGCGGCGGAAGAGGCUCAUAUGCGAAGAAAUUCGCCUUUACAAUGCGGGCAUCCUCUGUUUACAGGAGGUUGAUCUUUUCCAGGAUCUAGCUGUUGAUCUACAGAAGGAUGGAUAUGAUGGCGUGUUCAAGGGGCGCACAGGUGAAGCAGUUGAUGGGUGUGCCAUAUUUUGGAAAGAUCAGCGAUUUACCCUUGUGCAUGAAGAAAAUAUAGAGUUCAGGACUUUUGGUCUCCGUGACAAUGUUGCUCAACUUUGUGUUUUGAAGAUAAACCAGACAGAAGAAAACGCCAAUUUGCCUGCUCGAUCAUCCAUGUAUCAUACCAGCCAAAGCCGGCAUGUUCUCGUUGGCAAUAUUCAUGUUCUAUUUAACCCUAACCGUGGAGAUGUCAAGCUUGGCCAGAUACGGUUGUUUCUUGAAAAGGCGUACGAGUUAUCAGAAAAAUGGGGUGGCAUUCCUGUUAUCUUAGGGGGAGAUCUAAAUAGUGUACCUGAGAGUGCAGUGUAUCAGUUUCUUGCUUCCUCUCAGCUGGACAUUCGACUGCAUGAUCGUAGAAACAUUUCUGGACAAAUGGCGAGUCAAUCAUUUCGUAGCAUGGCAAGAUCGUACAGGACUAUAUCUCGGCCGUUUAUGUAUAGAUGGACCCAUGAGGAAUUAAGGCUUGCAGCAGGCAGUUACGGAGUCACUUCUCUAUCUCACCAAUUAAAGCUAUCUAGUGCAUAUAUUGCUAUACCAGGAAGCUCUCGAUGUAGAGAUAGAUGUGGAGAGCCAAUUGCAACUUCAUACCACUCCAGUUUUAUGGGAACUGUUGAUUAUAUUUGGCAUACAGAGGAACUUGUUCCUGUGAGAGUUCUUGAAACCCUACCUGUUGACAUCUUAAGGAGGACAAAAGGGUUUCCUAGCAAGAGAUGGGGUAGUGAUCAUCUUGCCUUAGUGUGCGAGCUGGCCUUUGUAGAUGGAGAAAUAUUAUAGGUUUGGGAAGCAUACUCACUCUCUGUUGCUGAAAUUUGUGAAUCCUUUAAUCUUCCCACUAUUGGAAAGAUAAGUGCAUCCAUGCAUGCGAUUAAAGGAAAAGUCCCUUUCAGUUCGUGAAUCACAAAGCCGAAGGGACAGCGACUCCUUCAUUUAAUGUGAUUGAAUAAAUUCUCUGAUUCGGGAUGUCAGCCUAAAAUAUUGUGUCCAAUGUGCAUGCAGUGGACGUGGCUCUGUGGGCUCUGUGCCAUCACAUGAAUUUACGAGAGAGGAGAGAGGUGGUCUGUGGGGUUGACAAUUCCUUUGCUGCCGAGCAAUUAAGCUCAGCCGUGACGUUCAGGUUAUUGAAGGAGGAUCGCGGCAAGCACUGGAAUUAGAAACUUCCUCUGACCCCUUUGACCGGGUACUCCUGAAACUUGCAUUGAUCAGUUCAAAUGUGGUUCUCGAUGAUUAAGAUCCUUGUGUGUGGACAAUAUUUUGAUCUAUUAUCUAUAAAAGCAAAGAAAAGUCUUGAGAAAGUCGACCUGCACGAGGCGUGAAUGUACAACAAUGCUUGUAAUUGAAUUAUUCACUCGUGUUUUACAGUGAAGUUUGACAGGAAGGAAUAGAAAAGGCAAAUGUGAUGGAACAGAAUCAACAAAUGAAAUAGUUCGUUCUUAUUUGCAGAA